CAGAAAUAUCAGAAAUUUAAAGCUAAAAAACAAGUGAAAAGCUUCUCUUUAAAGCAUUCUCUCUGCAUCUACACUCUGCAGCUCCAACUGGCCAAUAUUUCUGCUUUUUAUGGUGCAGCUGUGAGGAGAGGGAGCCCUAAAAUCACUGAUGUGCUGCUUCAGGUCGAAUCCCUGGUGUCACCAGAAUAGCCUUUCUGGCACGUGUGAGCCACUGGAUCUCUCUCUUCCCUAAAAUAACCUCCACUUGCUCCUGCCAGGAUUUGGGGACUUGCUCCUGGGACUGGUUUUUUUCCCCCCCUUUUUCCAGGGAAGGGGUUUUAAAUUUCCACAAGCCCCCUCCAAUGUCUGGUUGCUCAGCAGUGAGAUAUCAACCAAAAUCCUGCCUGUAAGAGGACAGGGCGGGGCCUGAUCCCUCUCCCUGGAAAUGAGGGAUAUUUUGGUGGUGUUGCUUGCUCCUGAGUUCCUCUUGGGGUGGAAAAGGUGGAUAUGAUGGACACAGGUUUGAUGUGGCACCAAAGUACCCCCCACACAUCCCUUUACACCUUAAAGGAAUGGAAUUGCACGAGGAUCCUGGAAAUGCUCUUCCCUUGGGAACUUGGAGAGGGGUUUCCUGCUGGAAACAGCCCUGGGAGCGUGUCAGUCCUUCCUGUGCUUUCACUGCCUGGAUAUUCCCUAUUUUUGACGCUUUUCCUUCGUUUUUAUUCCCCAUGUAGGAGCCAGAACUCUUCUGCCCCCUUGGAAGCACGACUGGUAAUGGGUAAUGGUGUGAGAGAGGGUCCAGUGGAAUUCCCAAAGGAUGUGGAGCCAGUCACAGCAGCCCAUCUCCCAGCAGAGGAUAACCAGGAGAAGAAGAAAGUGCUCAACUCCCUGAUGUCUGGUGCAUUGGCUGGUGCUGUUGCUAAAACUGCAGUGGCUCCCCUGGAUAGGACAAAAAUCAUGUUCCAAGUGUCUUCAAAAAGAUUUUCUGCCAAGGAGGCUUACAGGCUCAUCUACCGCACCUACCUCAACGAGGGCUUCUGGAGCCUCUGGAGAGGGAACUCGGCCACCAUGGUCCGUGUGAUCCCCUACGCCGCCAUCCAGUUCUGCGCCCACGAGGAGUACAAGCAGCUCCUGGGGAGCUACUACGGCUUCCAGGGAAAGGCCCUGACCCCCUUCCCUCGGUUCAUUGCCGGCUCCCUGGCGGGCACCACGGCUGCCAUGGUCACCUACCCCCUGGACAUGGUCCGUGCCCGCAUGGCUGUCACGCCCAAGGAGAUGUACAGCAGCAUUGUCCACGUCUUCAUCCGGAUAUCCCGGGAGGAGGGGCUGAAAACCUUGUACAGGGGGUUCACCCCAACCAUCCUGGGGGUGAUCCCCUACGCUGGGCUCAGCUUCUUCACCUACGAGACCCUGAAGAAAGUCCAUGCAGAUCACAGCGGGAAGGCCCAGCCUUCCCCUCCGGAGAGGCUGCUCUUCGGAGCCUGUGCGGGGCUCAUCGGGCAGUCGGCCUCUUACCCGCUGGACGUGGUGCGGCGCCGGAUGCAGACGGCCGGAGUGCUGGGCCACACCUACAGCUCCAUCCUGCUCACCAUGAGGGACAUCGUCAGGGAAGAGGGACUCAUCCGGGGCUUGUACAAAGGCCUCAGCAUGAACUGGGUCAAAGGGCCCAUCGCGGUGGGAAUCAGCUUCACCACCUUUGACCUGACGCAGAUCCUGCUCCGCAAGCUGCAGCACGGCGCCGGUGAGGAGAGGUAGUGCUUGAACCCCCUCAGCCAGGGGAAAAGUCCCAAACUGGGUAGGAAGAGCCCUCGCCUCGCCUGUGCCCUCCCACAGCUCCAGAACUCACCUGCCUCGUUUGGGUUUCCUGUCGUUCCUGGAUUUUUUUUUUUUAAUUUUAUUUUUUUUUUUGGUCCUUUUUAACGAGUCCCUCGGAAACCUCAAGGGGCCCAUUGCGGUGGGGAUCAGCUUCACCACCUUUGACCUGCCACAGAUCCUGCUCUGUAAGCUGCAGCACGUGGAGAGGUAGUGCUUGAACCCCCUCAGCCAGGGGAAAAGUCCCAAACUGGGUAGGAAGAGCGAUGCCCCCGUGCCCUCCCACAGCUCAGAACUCACCUGCCUCGUUUUGGGUUUCCUGUCGUUCCUGGAUUUAUUUUUUUUUUUUUUUUUUGGUCCUUUUUAACGAGUCCCUCGGAAACCUCAAGGGGCCCAUUGCGGUGGGGAUCAGCUUCACCACCUUUGACCUGCCACAGAUCCUGCUCUGUAAGCUGCAGCACGUGGAGAGGUAGUGCUUGAACCCCCUCAGCCAGGGGAAAAGUCCCAAACUGGGUAGGAAGAGCGAUGCCCCCAUGCCCUCCCACAGCUCAGAACUCACCUGCCUUGUUUUGGGUUUCCUGUCGUUCCUGGAUUUAUUUUUUUUUUUUUUUUUUGGUCCUUUUUAACGAGUCCCUCGGAAACCUCAAGGGGCCCA